CUUCCUCUGCUCUUCCAGGAUGACAGCAACUCAUCCUUGCUCAAUAACUAUAUCCUGGGAGCCCAGCUGGGCCAUAGACCUGUGAACAACCUCAGAGAUCCAGUCAACAUCAGCAUCUGGCACAACCAAAGCCUGGAAUUCUACACACUAACCUGUGUCUUCUGGAAGGAGGGGGACAGCCAGCACUCCCAGGGGGGCUGGAGCCCUGAGGGCUGCCGCACAGAGCAGCCCUCCCCUUCCCAGGUGCUCUGCCACUGCAACCACCUCACCUAUUUUGCUGUUCUCAUGCAGCUCUCCCCAGCCCAGCUCCCCGCAGAGCUGCAGGCACCUCUGGAGUACAUCUCCCUGGUGGGCUGCAGCGUCUCCAUCUUGGCCUCACUGCUUGUCAUCCUGCUGUACAUCCAGGACAGGAAGCAGAGUGACUCCAUCGCAAGCAUCCAUGUGAACCUGCACGUCUCCGUGCUGCUCCUGAACGUCACCUUCCUUCUGAGCUCCACUUUGGCCGUGGCCCCCGUGCCUGGGGUUGCGUGCACGGCACUGGCUGCCACCCUUCACUACACUCUGCUCAGCUGCCUCACCUGGAUGGCUAUGGAAGGCUUCAACCUCUACCUGCUCCUGGGCCGCGUCUACAACAUCUACAUUCACCACUACGUGCUCAAACUCUGUGCACUGGGCUGGGGGGUUCCGGCCCUCCUGGUGCUGCUUCUCCUCACUGUGAAGAGCUCCGUGUAUGGACCCUGCACAAUUCCACUCGUCCACAACCAGGAAAACCACACAGGCUUCCAGAAUGUGUCCAUGUGCUGGGUGUGUAGCCCAGUGGUGCACAGUGUGCUGGUCAUGGGCUAUGGUGGCCUCAUGUCCCUGUUUAACCUGGUGGUGCUGGCCUGGGCGCUGUGGGCCCUGCGCAGGCUGCGAGCUGGCCAGAAGGCACCGAGGACCCGGGCCUGCCGGGACACUGUCACCGUGCUAGGCCUCACUGUACUGCUGGGCACCACCUGGGCCUUAGCUUUCUUCUCCUUCAGCGUCUUCCUACUGCCCCAGCUCUUCCUCUUCACAAUCUCCAACUCGUUCUAUGGCUUCUUCCUCUUCCUGUGGUUCUGCUCCCAGAGGUGCCACUCCCAAGCAGAGGCUAAGACAGAGAUGGAGAGGAUCAGCUCUUCCCAGAUGACCACACACUGACCUGGCCUCCUGGUCCGGAGCCCCAGGUCCUGGCUCACAGCGCAAGAGGUAGCAGGUCUACAGCUGGGCUCGGAGGCCCCUGUGCCCCCUCUCCUCCAGACGACAGGGCCGAGCUCUGGCAUUCUGCUCUAAGGUGGUCCAGUUUCACCUGUGUGUGGGGGAGGGGGCAGCCCCAGCCUACUGGAGAGUCAGGAAGCCUUGUUGCAAGGCCUAGCUCUAAUGCUCUGUGGCUAUUAUUUCUCAUGGAACAACCCCCUCUCCCCCACUGCCUUCCCAGUCUCCUCAUCUGUGACAUUGGGGCCAUAGGCUGUGGUUCUGUCUAGCCCAGGAGCUUUGUGGGGUGGGGUGGGGAGGGCAUCAGUGUGGGGUAGAAUCCUUACCCGCUCUCCCCCAUGAUCUCUUAUCUACCUGCUGGAGGUUGGGUCCACUGCCCACUUCUGGCCCCUGGCCUCUGCCCCCCUGCUGGUAUGUUGAAGCCCACCAGUUCUGAGACCUCACUAUAUUUUUCUUCUGCAACCCAAGGAUGAUGGCCUUAACUCAAAGCCCACCUUACCCAAAGAUGGAGAAGCGCCAGUCCUUCCCAGGUCUCCCGCUCAGCGCUCCAAACACCUGGCUUUUUAGGAGAUAAAAGGGAGUGCUUCAUUCCUUGCAGCUGAGCCCGCUGGGCCUCAGGGACCCUGCUGUUAGAUGAUCAGACUGGACUGGGUUUUCUCUGGUGGACAAUCAGAUGUGGGUGUGAAAUCCCAAGCUCUGACCACACUCCCAGAGCAUCGCUAUUGCCUCAGACCUGCCUGCCAGAGGGGAAGAGAAGGCCCUCGAAUCCAGUGCUUUUCCCAACAUGGACACCAGGGGGAGCUGCUGACCUGUACGCAGCGCCAUUGGCUUCCUAAACUGAGAUGGUCAAGGGUCUGUGAAACCAGAGCUUCCUCCGGAGAAUCUGCUACCUCCAGGACUGAGCUCCCUGGAUUCUGGCCAGAUGAUUUCAGGGAAAUGCCAAUCCUGUUCUGCAUCCGUGUGUCUCUUUCUCCAGUGUACCUGGCAGAGGUUGUUUUCCAGGGGGCUGGGCCUCAGGCAUUAGAACAGCUGGUGGAAGUAGAUUUCCACUCCAGCUCAUCAGACAGUUUUAUGCCCUUGAGCCUCACAGGAAGGGAAAUGGAUCGCUGUCCUGUGUGUGUGUGUGUGUGUGUGUGUUUUUUGGGGGGGGAUCCACUACCAUUCUGUAUAUCUCUGGAUGAUACUUGCUAGCUGUGUGACUGUAGAAAAGUCACUCUUCUCUGUGCCUUUGUCUUUCCAGUUGUUCAACUAUUUUGAAGAUUGAGUAAAAUAAUCCACGUGGAGGCUUGGCUCAGA